GGUGGUCAAGGUGAGGCUAUCCAGGGGCACAGCAGGAAUGAGCUAGAUUCCUGGUCAGCACAGGCAAGCUCAGGACCAUGGAGAGCUCCACAAGAGCCUCACUUUGCUGUGGUGACAGCUGUCAUGGUGUGUCCUACCUGCCCGUGGUCACAGCCUGCCGCCCUCAGGAAGCAUGCAGCUUCCCUAUGACCUGGAACCCCAAGUGCACUCUGGGCCCCAAUGCUGAGGUCACACUUGAGCUGGGGAGUUUGGGCUCGCUUGCUUCCAUUCUGUACCCUUUCAGCCCUCCAAGCAGAGUCUAGGAAGGAGGGGCUAAUGGAGCAGAAGAGGGAAAGGAAUCCGCCCAUUUGAAUGUUGUGGGGGCCUAGCUGUGUCUGUGAGUCAUCACAGAACCGAGAAGCCCAGGGGGGUUCAGCCCAGGCCAACCUGAGUACCAGGUGCCCAAGGAGGUGCACGGCCCACCCCCUCAUGCAUUCAGACAGGAUACCUAGGUUUCUGGGGCUGGUGUAACUUGGAGACAUGGGGGACUUUUCCUGGAGUGCCUGGAAGUGAGGUUCCGAGUCCUAGCCUGUGAGGCUUAGGUUCUGCCUGAGUGCCUUCCUAGCCCCCAAACUCUGUUCCUUACUGCCCUGAGAUAUGGCUGCCAGAAACACGGACCCUGCCUGACAGGAGCUCCCUUUUUGCUUUGGCUGCAGCCCUACCUGAAGGCGCUCUCGCUCUGCUCUCCACCAGGCUGGGGGAUAACAAGAGUUUAUUGGACAUCAGCUGUGUGCCCUGGAUUUGCAAAUGCAAAGGGAGUGAAGAAAAUAGCCUGUCGCAGGUCCCCCAGGGAGAAAAUGCCCGAGACAGGUUUGAGCCAGGAUGAAGAUGAGACGCUACAAGCUCUUUCUCAUGUUCUGUAUGGCCGGCCUGUGCCUCAUCUCCUUCCUGCACUUCUUUAAGACCCUGUCCUACGUCACCUUCCCCCGAGAACUCGCCUCCCUCAGCCCGAACCUCGUGUCCAGCUUCUUCUGGAACAAUGCCCCCGUCACACCCCAGGCCAGCCCGGAGCCCGGGGCCCCGGACCUCCUGCGCACCCCACUCUAUUCCCACUCGCCCCUGCUUCAACCGCUGCCGCCAAGCAAGGCCACCGAAGAGCUGCACCGGGUGGACUUUGUGCUGCCCGAGGACACCACCGAGUAUUUUGUUCGCACCAAGGCCGGGGGCGUCUGCUUCAAGCCAGGCACGAAGACGCUGGAGAAGCCCCCAGCAGGGCGGCCUGAGGAGAAGGCCGAGGGUGGGGAGGGCUCCUCCGCGCGGGGGCCGGGCCGGAACAUGCUGAGCACCCGGGAGCGGCCGGGGGGCCGUGGGGGCACGCGUCGGAAGUGGGUGGAGUGCGUGUGCCUCCCCGGCUGGCACGGGCCCAGCUGCGGGGUGCCCACGGUGGUGCAGUACUCCAACCUGCCCACCAAGGAGCGCCUGGUGCCCCGGGAGGUGCCGCGGCGCGUCAUCAACGCCAUCAACAUCAACCACGAGUUCGACCUGCUGGACGUGCGCUUCCACGAGCUGGGCGACGUGGUGGACGCCUUUGUGGUGUGCGAGUCCAACUUCACGGCCUACGGGGAGCCGCGGCCGCUCAAGUUCCGGGAGAUGCUGACCAACGGCACCUUCGAGUACAUCCGCCACAAGGUGCUGUACGUCUUCCUGGACCACUUCCCGCCCGGCGGCCGGCAGGACGGCUGGAUCGCCGACGACUACCUGCGCACCUUCCUCACCCAGGACGGCGUGUCCCGGCUGCGCAACCUGCGGCCCGACGACGUCUUCAUCAUCGACGACGCUGACGAGAUCCCGGCCCGAGACGGCGUCCUCUUCCUCAAGCUUUACGACGGCUGGACCGAGCCCUUCGCCUUCCACAUGCGCAAGUCGCUCUACGGCUUCUUCUGGAAGCAGCCGGGCACCCUGGAGGUGGUGUCGGGCUGCACGGUGGACAUGCUGCGGACGGUGUACGGGCUGGACGGCAUCCGCCUGCGCCGCCGCCAGUACUACACCAUGCCCGACUUCCGCCUCUACGAGAACCGCACAGGCCACAUCCUGGUGCAGUGGUCGCUGGGCAGCCCCCUGCACUUCGCAGGCUGGCACUGCUCCUGGUGCUUCACGCCCGAGGGCAUCUACUUCAAGCUCGUGUCGGCCCAGAAUGGGGAUUUUCCCCGGUGGGGCGACUAUGAGGACAAGCGGGACCUCAACUACAUCAGGAGCCUGAUCCGCACCGGGGGCUGGUUUGACGGCACGCAGCAGGAGUACCCGCCUGCCGACCCCAGUGAGCACAUGUACGCCCCCAAGUACCUGCUCAAGAACUACGAGCAGUUCCGCUACCUGCUGGACAACCCCUACCGAGCUCCCCGGAGCACGGCCGCCGGCGCCGGCAGCAGGCACGGCAAGGGCCCCGAGGCCAGGUUGCCCAACAGGGGCAGAGCAGAGGUGGUGGAAGGCCAGGGCCGCUGAUACUGAGGGUCAGUGGCAGGCCAGGGGGCAGCCGCUGCCUCUCGGGUAAUUACUCCUCCUACUUUCAGGGGAAUGCUUCAGGGGCCAGGGAAUGGAUGCGUGGGGGGGGGGGUGUCUCCCCUCCUCAAGCCUCUGUGGCUAAGGGCUGAGAGCUGGGAAAGCAGCCUUCCUCGCCAGCAGAAGGGACUAUGCCCUCUGGAUUCUCAGAUGCUCAGAGUGCUGUGGCCACAAGGUGUCUGCAGAGUGCCUGACGGUUACUGGGGAGCCUGGGCUUGGACAAGGUGGGGAAGGGAGCCAGCAGGAACUCCCCAGGGUGGCCAUGCUCCCACCAAGGAAAAGUCCCUCAGUUGGCAUCCUGGGGCUUCAGGCUGCAGUGCAAUUGGGGAGGGGGGGUUGCCAGGAUGUUGAGGGGCUCUGUAAAUAGAUGUAUUUGGCUCCAGGAGGAGGAGGGGACCCAAGGUGGCAGGGGUAGGGAUGACAUCUGGUGGCAGGGAGGUCCUGCGGUGCACAUCUGUCACCCACCACCACCACACACACUGUUCUGCUGCUCAGCUGGCUUAUGCACGGGACCUGAGGAUGCCCUGAGAGUCUUUCGGGGUCCAAACUAGGCCCUGACAUUCCUUCUUAUUUUUCUGUUGCUCUCUUGUGGGCUGCCCUUUAGCCCUUGUGAGGCCCUGGGUCCAGCGAGAGCAUGGAAGGGAACCCAGAGGCUAGACUGCCUGAUAGGUGGGACCUGGAGUCUAGUGGGGGGUGGGGAGGUCUCCUACACACCUUCCUGUUGGGACUCACAACAUCCCCUCUCUCUCUCACAAUAGGCAUGGGGAGUCCCCCUUGUGCCCUCCUUGGGACUGGCUGGGGUCCCGGAAGGGAAUGUAUGGCUGUCCUGUACCCCAGAGGGUUCAGACCAGUUGUAUGUCCACUCAUGCUUGGAGGGGUGGAGGUGUGAGGGUUAGAGAAUGUAUUCAGACCAGAGUUUGUUUUACAAUGGUUUUAGCUGGACAGGCUGUUUCCAGCCUGGAGGGGCUGGGACUCACUGGCUCAGGAAGCACCCACACUUUGCUGUUGAGGGCGGAGACAGUGAUGGCAAUGACGUCUGGCCACACUUCAUUGGCCGGGAUAUGGGCACAUGAUCACAAGGAGCUGCAAGGGCGGCUGGGAGAUGCAGUCUGGGCUGCAGUGAGCCCAGCAUUGACUGGAGUUCUGUCCUUGAGAAGGCUGAUGUACAUAGAAGCCAAGAAGAGGAGAGGGGAGAGCAUAGGAAAGGCUGAUGCAGAGCUCCUGUAAUAAGUUGUACUUCCCCCUUCACUACCAGCCUGGGAUUGGGUACAGUGAGAGAACCCCCUCUCCCCUCAGCCCCUUGGGGUGUCCACCUUGUGCCUCAAGAAGACCACCUGUGGAAUGGGACAUGUCUGCGUGUGUGUAUUUAUGGGCAUGGGUGCAUGCUUGGUGUGUACUCAUACGUGUCUGUGUCAGUGUGUCCUGUAUAUAUAUAUGCUUGCGUGUGGGUGCGGGAGUGGGGCCCAGAAACUCCCCUUCCCUGGGACCAGAAGCCUGUGGCUACACCUCCUGCAGUUCUCCCCAAUGACAGAGGCAGAAGGCCCCUGGGGAACCCAGGAAGCCAGGCUGGAGGGAGGUGGGAUCUGUCUUUCUGUCUUUUAGUCCAAGGAAUGAGAAUCUUUCUAGCCUGAGGGCUGGACAGCUGAGAGUGUACUACCUCCCAAUCCCCUUAGCCCCUACCACAUUGUUCCACCUCCCCACCCCUAACUUGCAGCAGGAAGUUUAUUCUGGUUGUUUACUGGGGCUUUCCUGAGGGGCCCUGGGGGUGUUUGGGGAUGGCAGGUGCUGUGCAGCCUAGGGAACUGUCUGUCAAACAUCCUAGGAUGGGCCGGCGUCAAAUAGGCUGAGAGGGCUCUGCUGUCCCCUCCCCUUUCCCUCCUAUCUAAGGGGUGCUUCUGAAGGACCCACCUUGGAGUGACAGCCCCCCCCCCCCCGUUCCUCUUGGGGCUUCAGAGUGACUCAGGAAGUCAGAGUGUCCUUGUGUCCCUAGGACCACCCAGGCCAGGGCCAGCCCCCUAAGCUCAUCCCCAGAAUGGCCAGUCCCUAGGGGCCCCUGCUUCGGGCCUGAGCCUGAACCCCUGACAGCUUCCUCCUAUGCCCCUGGUACUUUCAGCUGCUGUAGGAACUCCCUCUCUCUAGGCUGGCAGGGACCCCUGGUCUUCUGUUCAGCCCAGGGAUGGGAAAGGAAAGGGGGAGGUGUUAAGCCUUGCCAGACCUCCACCCCUUAGACCCAGAGCUCAGUCAAGGUCACCUCCAAGAGGAUACCUGGCCUUCAGGUGGAGAGGGAUGGGAGCCACAGUGUGAGGCUGAAGAGUUUCAAAUAUAAUUACAUCAAACACUGGCAACUUGGGGGGAGGACUGGGAGGAAACCUUGGGUCACCCCCCAAUACGAAGGCAAACCAAACUGUGAAUGUGAGUGUGGUGUGCUGCUGGCCCUGUCACUCUGUCCAGAUAUCACUCCCUGGGCCCCACAAACUGACCGCUAGACUGGAGAUGCAGUCCAUCCGCAGGCGUGUCACGUGUCUGCUCCCAAGGGGCAGGUUUGGACGAGCUCGGGGGACACAGGUGACUGGAGCGGGAAGCAGGACUCGCUCAAACAGAAAGCAGGGCCCUGGGAAAUGUAUCAUUUAAGGACAUCAAUAAUAGUAUUAUUAUUUUUUUUGUAAGAGGAAAAAAAUCAAUAUGUACAUCCUGAAAUCAUUUUCUCUGUAAAUGAUUGGAUUUCAUUUCACCCUUAAAGGGAUGCAUAAAGGAGAGGAUAAUGUUAAUAAUAAAAAAGAAGGAAAAACAGC